CAAUUUUUCCUUUUCGUUAUGCCCAAAAAAAAAAUAUCAAAUCUUUAGUUUAUAUAUCAAAAGAUCACAAUAAUGUCACAAUCAUCAACACCGAUUCAUCGUCAUCUUCAACUCGGUCUUGAUCUUCUUCUUUCUACCGACAUCUAAUUUAUUUGUCUCAAGAUUCGCCAAAAAAAUCUCUUUGCUUUCUCUUAAGGAAAGAAAAAAAGUUUGCGACUUUGAUUGGUUUCGAUGAAGCUUCGACAAACCCAGUGUUUUGUCUGAAUCCUUUUGGUUUAUUUCCUGAGAGAAUUUGUGUUUUUUACUUGAAGGGUUUGAAAGAAGAAGCAAGAACAUUAAUGGGUUGUGCUGGAUCGACACAGUCUCAAGCAGAUGGGUCAGUGAAGAAAAUUAGGAAGCCGAAACCGUGGAAGCAUACCCAACCGAUCACGAAAGCUGAGCUUAUGAAACUUAGAGAAGAGUUUUGGGACACUGCUCCUCACUAUGGCGGUAGAAAAGAGAUAUGGGACGCACUUCGCGCAGCUGCAGAAGCUGAUAUAUCUCUUGCACAAGCAAUUGUGGACAGUGCAGGAGUCAUUGUUCAGAACACAGAUCUCACAGUCUGCUAUGACGAGAGAGGUGCUAAGUAUGAGCUACCUAAGUAUGUUCUAAGCGAGCCUACCAACUUGGAGGAAGAAAAUUGAUUUAAGAUCAAGAAUAUUCGAAAAGACAAAAAAGAAAAGAACCAAAUGUAAAUCUUGUGUGUAAGUAGUUACAUUAGGAUUCUCUGCUUUUGUCUAUUUUAACACUUAUUAAAAAAGAUUGAUUCCCACAUCUCUCUCUCUCUCUCUCUCUCUGACUUGUACUUAAGAACUCAGAUUGUUUCUGAAAUGCUAAGAACAGUUUUUUGGGUUUCCUU